AUGGUCAGGUCGAUCCGUCCUGCUGUGGCCCUGGGUCUCGCCACGCUGUGCGCGUGCACUUCAUCAACAGUCCAAGCACAAACUACGACAAGCUCACAAGCCAUCGUCGCGGAGGGCACCAACUUUGCCCUCAAUGGCGACCAAGCCUCCUACCGAUUUCACGUCAACCACACCACCGGCGAUCUGGUGUCCGACCAUUUUGGAGGCCACGUUACGGGCGCAAUCCCCUCACCCCAGGAACCAGCCGUCAACGGCUGGGUGGGAAUGCCCGGUCGCAUCCGGCGCGAAUUCCCCGACCAGGGCCGCGGCGAUUUCCGCAUCCCCGCCGUGCGCAUUCGCCAAUCCCCCGGGUAUACCGUGACCGAUCUCCAAUACACCUCCCACGAGGUGAUCCCGGGCAAGAACGCUCUGCCAGGGCUACCUUCAACCUUUGGCAACGCGCAGGAGGUGACCACACUGGUCGUGCACCUGUACGACAACUAUAGCUCCGUCGCCGCGGACCUGUCGUAUUCCAUCUUUCCCAAAUACGACGCUGUGGUGAGGAGUGUGAAUAUCACCAACCAGGGCUCGGCCAACAUCACCAUUGAGACCCUGGCCAGUCUAAGCAUCGACUUUCCGUAUGACGACCUCGACAUGAUCAGCCUCCGAGGCGACUGGGCCCGAGAGGCGCAGGUCCAGAGAAGGAAAGUCGACUAUGGUGUCCAGGGGUUUGGGAGUAACACGGGUUCCUCCUCUCAUCUACACAACCCCUUCCUCGCUAUUGUCGACCCGUCCGCAACCGAAUCUCAGGGAGAGGCAUGGGGCUUCAACCUCAUUUACACCGGGUCGUUCUCCGCCGCCGUCGAAAAGGGCUCCCAGGGCUUCACUCGCGCAUUGCUCGGAUUGAACCCGGACCGGCUCUCCUGGGAGUUGGGUCCGGACGAGACCCUCACCUCCCCGGAGUGCGUGGCCAUCUACUCCCCGAAUGGCAUCGGAGGCAUGUCUCGCAAAUUCCACCGACUCUAUCGCAACCACCUGAUGAAGAGCAAGUUCGCCACCGCAGAUCGUCCGAUCCUCCUCAACAGCUGGGAAGGUGUUUACUUUGACUACAAUCAAACCAGCAUUGAGACUCUCGCGGAAGAAUCGGCGGCUCUGGGCAUUCACCUCUUCGUCAUGGACGACGGCUGGUUUGGCGACAAGUAUCCCCGGGUAUCCGACAAUGCUGGACUGGGGGAUUGGGUGCCCAACCCAGCUCGCUUUCCAGAGGGGCUGUCGCCCGUGGUGCAGGAUAUCACCAACCUCACCAUCAACGGGACGGACGCUAAGCUACGCUUUGGCAUUUGGGUCGAGCCCGAGAUGGUCAAUCCCAACUCCACGCUCUACCACGAACACCCCGACUGGGUUCUACGCGCGGGGCCCUACCCCCAGACGGAACGCCGCAACCAGCUCGUGCUCAAUCUGGCCCUACCUGAGGUGCAGGACUUUAUCAUCGACUUCAUGACCAAUCUGUUGCAGAUUGACGGCAUUUCCUACAUCAAAUGGGACAACAACCGCGGGUUUCAUGAGACUCCCUCUCCUUCCAAUGACCAUAAAUACAUGCUCGGGUUGUAUCGCGUCUUCGAUACCCUCACCAGCCGCUUUCCCGACGUUCUCUGGGAAGGAUGCGCCUCCGGUGGCGGUCGCUUCGACGCCGGCAUGCUGCAGUACUUCCCUCAGAUCUGGACCUCCGACAACACCGAUGGCGUGGACCGCAUUACCAUCCAAUUUGGAACCUCGCUGGCCUACCCACCAUCGGCAAUGGGCGCACACCUCUCCGCCGUCCCCAAUGCCCAGACAGGCCGAACGGUCCCGUUCACCUUCCGCGCCCACGUGGCCAUGAUGGGGGGCUCCUUCGGUCUGGAACUCGAUCCAGCAACUGUGCAGGAUGAUGCCGCAGUUCCGGAACUGCUUGCGCUGGCUCAAAAGGUCAACCCCUUGGUUUUGACGGGAGACCUGUACCGCUUGCGACUACCGGAGAACUCGGAGUGGCCGGCUGCACUGUUUAUCGCGGAAGACGGGGCUCAAGCGGUCUUGUUCUGUUUCCAGCUCCAGCCAAAUGUGAACCAUGCCGCGCCGUGGGUGCGGCUGCAGGGGCUUGAUCCGGCGGCGGAGUAUACGGUGGAUGGGGAUGCGAGGUAUUCGGGGGCCACGCUGAUGAAUAUGGGGUUGCAGUUUACUUUCGACAGCGAAUAUGGUAGUCAGGUGGUAUUCCUGGAGAGGCAGUGA